UGGGGCUAGAGCUUGGUGGCCUGGCCAGCAAAUCCAACAUGUCCGCUAAGAGUAGGUGGAAGGGAUAAGGAAUGAAAUGAAUGCCGUUAAGCCUGUGAUACGUAAUGCAGCCACUUUAAUUUUGGUUGCUAAAAACAGCCAUCUUAAAAGCUACUUCGACUACAGGAUUUUGUUACUUGAGAGAGGGACUAAAAGUAAAUUUAUGCCAAGUUUUUAUGUUUUUCCUGGUGGUGUGAUAGAGAAAGCUGACUUUUCUAAUGACUGGCUGGAACUGUUUAAACAAUCAUUUGCCAAAUUUGGGAAAGACUUCACAUCCCUUGUCAACAUUCAAGGUCCUCGUCCACCUGUGUUGAAGAACUCUGCAUCAACAGAUAUACCAAGCGAUGUUGCAUUUAGGAUUUGUGCAAUAAGAGAGACAUUUGAGGAGUCAGGAGUCCUGCUAUGGAAGAGUUUCUCAAAUGACAAGAACAGCAAUCUUGACAUGGAUGACAUUCAGACCUGGAGGAAAGAGGUUUAUGCUGAUGCAAGCAAGUUUUUAACCAUGUGCAGAAAAUUUGAAUGUGUCCCUGAUGUGUGGUCUCUCAGUGAGUGGUCUAAUUGGCUGACACCUGCUACUUUAUCAAAACGAUAUGACACCAUGUUUUACCUUUGCUUUCUUGACAAUGAACAAACAGUGCUUCAUGAUGAGAAAGAAAUGACUCAAUCAAAGUGGAUUACUCCAGCAGAAGGAGUUUCAAAAUUUAGGUCACGACAGAUCAAGGUUGGAUUUCCUCAGGUCUACGAGCUGUCAAGAUUUUGCCGAUUUCCAAAGUGGGCAGACUUCCAGUCUUUUCAAGAAGGGCGGGCUUCUCAAGGAUGUCAACAAUGGCUCACUAUUGUACUGAAGUGCAUUGAUGGUAGUAUGUCGAUAUUACCACUUGACGACCUUUAUCCAUCAUUGCAUGACAGAGUUUUGGAGAGGUUAUCCCACAGCAGUACUGGACAAAUUCCAGUUUUGGAACUCUCAGAGACAGUAGCACAGUUGAACUCCAAAGGAAAGAAUUUUCACAGAGUAAUAAUUCAGUCUGGUACUCCAUACAACUUCAUGUGUAACGUUAAACUUCCUCACGGACAAUGUUUACCUAUAACUGAUCCGGUUAGAAUUCAAGAACUUGCCACAGAGGUACAAAAGUCACAUCUUUAGACACUGCGGACCAGAAUUUUACAAUUUCUUGUCUUAAAUUCAAGGUUCAGAGACAGGAAGAUUUAUUUGCAUCUGAAUAAGUAAAAGUUUGCUGUCUA